CCUGAAGCGGUUAAUAGUGCACACGCAGUAGAAAACAUCCUGAUCUGAUCUUCUAUUAGAUAUAUAUACACUUAUAUAACGUAUGUGUGACUAUUACGCGGAAUAUAUACCGUUGAUUGGAUGAUUUGCGUUGGACCCAUUGGCUGAUUCGCACCGUUGUCCAAACGAGAUUCCUGGGGCGAGGCUCCAAUCUAUCCAAGCCAGCCUUUUGACGGAUCAUGGCUGAUUGAUGCCUGGGUCCUGUUGAUGUCCGAACGACCCUCUCCCACAGUUUACUAACUCCUCUAGAUGGGUCUCUCUAUUUCUAAAUUGCUCCUGAGCCUUUUCGGCUCCAAGGAAAUGCGUAUCUUGAUGGUCGGUUUGGAUGCCGCUGGUAAGACCACCAUUUUGUACAAGUUGAAGUUGGGAGAAAUUGUCACCACCAUCCCAACCAUCGGUUUCAAUGUCGAAACCGUCGAAUAUAAGAACAUCUCUUUCACCGUCUGGGAUGUCGGUGGACAGGACAAGAUUCGUCCGUUGUGGAGACACUACUUCCAGAACACCCAGGGGAUCAUCUUCGUUGUCGACUCCAACGAUAGAGACCGUAUCUCUGAGGCCAGAGAGGAAUUGCAGAGAAUGUUGAACGAAGACGAAUUAAGAGACGCUUUGUUGUUGGUCUUUGCCAACAAGCAGGAUUUGCCAAACGCGAUGAACGCCGCCGAGAUCACCGAAAAGUUGGGCUUGCACUCCAUCAGACAGCGUCCAUGGUACAUCCAGGCCACUUGUGCCACUUCCGGUGACGGUUUGUACGAGGGUCUCGAAUGGUUGUCCACCAACCUUAAGUCUUCUUCUUAAGCGCAUCAAUAAUUUUCCGAAAAUGUUGGUAAUGUAACAUAAAAAGCGAAAAAAAACUUGCCGAACAAAAUUAAGAAUUUUUAUUAAUAUAUGUUUGGGUGUCAACGAAAAUGAAUCGUUUCUCCCUCUCCUUUCCGUGGUUGAAGCUUGGUUUCUCUCGUCGUUUCCGAUUUGUUUAUGUGGCCCGUAGCCUAGUGGAUACAUGUCCACUGUCAAGGUUUUCUCGUUCAAUAAGAAUUUUUAGCCUUUUCGAUAUGCUUUCUGUUUUCCUUAUUUUAUAAUUCCACCCUCCAUUUACUCGUGAUGGCAAGUAAAUUUCUCUCCGUGUUUUAUUUCCCGCUUGAAGUUCCACUCCUUUGUAUCACCCUGGAAUCUAUAAUAUUUGUAUAGAGGUCCAUAAUGAAGUGUGUGGCAUCGGAUAUCAGUUUGAACGAUAGGAUCCCGA